GGCAACGGGAGGGGGUGCUGUGGCGGCAGCAGUGGCGGCGCCCGCGGUUGGUGUAAAAUGGCGGAUUUCGAAGAGUUGAGGAAUAUGGUUUCUAGUUUUAGGGUUUCUGAACUACAAGUAUUACUAGGCUUUGCUGGGCGGAAUAAAAGUGGACGCAAGCAUGACCUCCUGAUGAGGGCGUUGCAGUUAUUGAAGAGUGGCUGCAGCCCUGCGGUUCAGAUUAAAAUCCGAGAAUUGUAUAGACGCCGAUACCCACGGACUCUUGAAGGACUUUCUGAUUUGUCCACAAUCAAAUCAUCAGUUUUCAGUUAGGAUGGUAGCUCAUCGCCUGUAGAACCUGAGUUGGCCAUGGCUGGAAUCCACGCGUUGCCUUCCACUUCAGUUACACCCCACUCACCAUCCUCUCCUGUUGGUUCUGUGUUGCUUCAAGAUACUAAGCCCACGUUUGAGAUGCAGCAGCCAUCUCCCCCAAUUCCUCCUGCCCAUCCUGAUGUGCAAUUUAAAAACUUACCCUUUUAUGAUGUUCUUGAUGUUCUCAUCAAACCCACAAGUUUAGUUCAAAGCAGUAUUCAACGAUUUCAAGAGAAGUUUUUUAUUUUUGCUCUGACACCUCAGCAAGUUAGAGAGAUAUGCAUAUCCAGGGAUUUUUUGCCAGGUGGUAGGAGAGAUUAUACUGUCCAAAUUCAGCUGAGACUUUGCCUGGCAGAGACAAGCUGCCCUCAAGAAGAUAACUAUCCCAAUAGUCUGUGUAUAAAAGUAAAUGGAAAGCUGUUUCCUUUGCCUGGCUAUGCACCACCACCUAAAAAUGGGAUUGAACAGAAGCGCCCUGGAUGCCCUUUGAAUAUUACAUCUUUAGUUAGGUUAUCUUCCACUGUGCCAAACCAGAUUUCCAUUUCUUGGGCAUCAGAAAUCGGAAAGAAUUACUCCAUGUCUGUAUAUCUUGUACGACAGCUCACAUCAGCCAUGUUAUUACAGAGAUUAAAAAUGAAAGGUAUUAGAAACCCUGAUCAUUCCAGAGCACUAAUUAAAGAAAAACUUACUGCAGAUCCUGAUAGUGAAAUUGCUACAACAAGCCUUUGGGUAUCCUUGAUGUGCCCUUUAGGGAAAAUGAGGUUGACAAUCCCAUGCCGUGCAGUGACUUGUACACAUCUACAGUGUUUUGAUGCAGCCCUUUAUCUGCAUAAUGAGAAGAAGCCCACCUGGAUAUGUCCUGUGUGUGACAAAAAAGCUGCCUAUGAAAGUUUAAUUUUAGAUCGGCUUUUUAUGGAAAUUCUCAAUGACUGUUCUGAUUUGAAUGAGAUCAAAUUCCAAGAAGAUGGCUCUUGGUGUCCAAUGAGACCGAAAAAAGAAGCUAUGAAAGUGUCCAGCCAACCCUGUACAAAAAUAGAAUGUUCAAAUGUCCUCAGUAAGCCUUGUUCAGUGACUGUAGCCAAUGAGGCAAGCAAGAAGAAAGUGGAUGUUACUGACUUAACAAUAGAAAGCUUUUUUGAUGAAGAGGAAGACCCCCCUGCCAAACGGAAGUUCAUCUUUAUGUCAGAAACAUAAAGCAGCCCAACCAAAGGGGUUCUCAUGUAUCAGCCAUCUUCUGUAAGGGUGCCCAGUGUGACUUCGUUUGGUCCUGCUGCUAUUCUGCCUUCCUUAACAGACGACUCAGUACCAUUCUACCACAUGCCAAUAUCAAGCAUGUCAUCAGAUUUGCCAGGGGAACAAAGAAGAAAUGAUAUUAAUAAUGAACUGCAGCUUGGAACAUCUUCUGAUACUGUGCAACAGUGAAUUCAAAAUAAAUAAUUUGUAUUUA